AUGGAGGAACUGGAGCAAGGCCUGCUGAUGCAGCCAUGGGCAUGGCUACAGCUUGCUGAGAACUCCCUCCUAGUCAAGGUGUAUAUCACCAGGCAGGGCUAUGCCUUGCUGGUUUCAGACCUUCAACAGGUGUGGCAUGAACAGGUGGACACUAGUGUAAUCAGCCAGCGAGCCAAGGAGCUGAACAAGCGCCUGACUGCUCCUCCUGAGGCUUUUCUUUGUCAUUUGGAUGAUCUGCUUCGCCUGUUGUUGAAGGAUGCUUCUUGCCCUGGCACGGCUACGUUCUCCUGUGAUCAUGUGGCAGAGGCGCUGAUACUACGGGUGCGGAGUGAGCUUUCUGGCCUCCCAUUCUAUUGGAAUUUCCACUGCAUCCUAGCUAGUCCUUCGCUGGUCUCCCAACAUUUGAUUCGUCCUCUGAUGGGCAUGAGUCUGGCAUUGCAGUGCCAGGUGAGGGACCUAACAACGUUGCUUCAUAUGAAAGAUCUAGAGAUCCAGGACUACCAGGAGAGUGGGGCCACACUCAGCCGAGAUCGGUUGAAGACCGAGCCAUUUGAAGAGAAUUCCUUCUUGAAACGAUUUAUGGUGGAGAAACUACCAGAGGCAUGCAGUGUUGGUGAUGGAAGACCCUUCGUCACAAAUCUGCAGAGUAUGUAUAUGGCAGUCACCAGACAAGCGAUCCAGGUGGGACAGAAGCAUCAUGACGCUGGAGAUCCCCAGACCUCAAGCAGUGCUUUCUCAUGGGGAACUGAUAACCAACUUUUGAACCAGCUAGAAGAGCCAGGCUCUUCAACACCAUCCCUCCCAGGACCUGAGACAGAGCCCACAGUUUCUUCAGGCCCUAUGCAGAGACCUCAGUUGUUGAAAGUCAAGAGGAAGAAGCUAAGGGGGCUUUUCAGUUAA